CUGAACUCCAUUUCGAUGGCACAUCUGCAGUCAUCAUGGAUUGUUAUGAAGUCUGGAAGCAGCGAGGAGAAGUCGCUACUGCAGACAUGUAGACUAACGCUAGGAAAAAUAGCAGGUCUGAAAAUGUGUUGAUCCAUCAAACUGUAGCAAAGCGGUAGAAGGUGCGCCUACCGUCACGGUGCUCCCCAGCCGGUGUGUCUGCUGCCAUGGAGGUGGGCAGCCUCCCCGUGGAGCUGUGGAGGGUUAUCUUGGCCUACCUCCCUCUCCCUGACCUGGGCCGCUGCUGCCAGGUGUGCCGUGCCUGGCGGGAGCUCAUCCUCUCUCUGGAUAACACCCGCUGGAGACAACUCUGCCUCGGUUGCCCUGAGUGCCGUCAUCCCAACUGGCCCAGUCAGCCCCAUCUGGAGCCCCCAUCCUGGAGGGAGGCCCUGAAGCAGCACGCCCUGGCCACCCGCACCUGGACUCAAAAUGGGCCAGAGCUCCAGUCUUCUGCCUGCCUCCUCUUUUUCCGCCGUCGAAAAGACCGUAGGGUUUGGCAUGUGGGUCCUGGAUGCGAGUUUGAGACCCUACGUGGGGCCCUCGGGGUGGUGGGGCCAUAUGACCGUGUGGUUCUCCAUCCAGGGGUAUAUGAGGAGCAGGCUGAGGUAGCGCUGAAGGUGCCUGUGGAGCUGGUUGGGCUGGGCCGAUUGGGCGAGGUGUCCCUCCUGGUGUGUAUGGAGCAGCAGUGUCCUACUGCCAGGCUGUGUAAUCUGGUGUUCAUGCCACCCUGGUUCUCCACUGUGGUCUACAAGACAUCAUGGGGUCACGUCCAGCUAGAUAACUGCAACUUUGAGGGGGCUCAGUUGCAAAUCCGUGGCCCAGGAACCUGCCAGGCUCGCUUCUGCUCCUUCUCACAGGGAAGCUCAGCCCACUUGCUGGGUGUUGUCCUCAGUUUAUUGGACAGCUGUGACUUCUCAGGAAGUGACACAGCCUCAGUGACUGUGGAAGGUCCUCCAGUGUUAGAACGGAACUGGGCUUGUAAACACUUGGCUGGCCUGGCUAGGACGUUCCCAUCAUGUGGCAUGUCUGGGAAUAACGGUAGCUCUCCCAGAGGCCAACUGACUGGCUCCACUGGUGGGCAUCAACCUUCAGGGAAUAAUGUCAAAAAGGAACAUGUGAGCAUAGAGGACUGGCAGAAGAGGACUGGGGUAGAUGCAGUGUGUCAGGGCACAGUGAUUGAAGAUGGCUGGAGUGAUGGUGAACACAGCGAGGGAGAGGAGGAGAGCCGAGACGGUGAAAAAACCAACACCAAACACCCAUUUAUAAUGGAUUACAAAAUCCCAUGUGACAAUCAUGGCCUAUCCCAUUUGCUCAAGCCCCGGGCAGAUGGCUCUCUGCCACUGGCCUCCUCCCCAGAUCCCCCACCUGUGACCCCUGAACCCCUCACCCUUCAGCAGGAACUAGAGAGGGACCCAGAAGCUCAGAUGUUGGCAGCGUCCACACUCGGCUGCAUCCUCAGACGCUGCCUCUUCAGGGAAGGGAAGGGAGGCGUGCAUUUGUCUAACUAUGGACAAGCUCGGCUGGAAGGCAAUGUCUUCCGUGGGCUGAACUACGCCGUCCGCUGCAUCCAGAACUCCACAAUAGUGAUGCUGAGAAAUGAGGUGUGCGAGUGCCGUGCGUCAGGUGUGUUCCUGCGUCUCUCCGCUCAGGGCCUCAUCGCAGAAAACAACAUCCACUCGAACGGAGAGGCGGGGCUGGAUAUCCGAAAAGGGGCCAACCCCAUAAUUGUGUGCAACAAAAUACAUAGUGGUUUGCGUUCUGGGGUUGUUGUCCUUGGUAACGGGAAAGGUUCAAUUCGGAGCAACCAGAUCUAUAACAACAAAGAAGCGGGUGUGUAUAUUCUCUUCAGCGGGAAUCCUGUGGUCAGUGGGAAUCACAUCUUCCAGGGCCAGGCAGCAGGGAUUGCAAUAAAUGAGAAUGGCAGAGGGAUGAUAACAGAGAAUGUGAUCAAAGAGAACCAGUGGGGGGGUGUAGAUAUCCGCAGAGGAGGUGACCCCAUCUUGAGGAACAACUACAUCUGUUAUGGCUUCUCAGACGGUGUGGUGGUGGGAGAGAGAGGACGCGGCCUUAUUGAGGGAAACCAUGUCUACUGUAACAAAGGCUGUGGUGUGUGGGUUAUGUCGUCUAGCCUCCCACAACUCCUGGGAAACUACAUCACCCAUAACUGUAUGUAUGGGUUGGCAGUGUUCUGCAGGAAAGACCCGGAGAACAUCGAGGCGAGGGAGGGGAACUGGCCAGGGCAGGAAGGGAUCGGUGGAGAAGGAGGGAGCGGGGAAAGGAGAGGAGUAGAAGGAGAAGGAAGAGAAGGGCAGGAGAACUUGAACGAAGAGGGGGAAUUGUUUGCGUGGGAGAGCGAUCUGGACAGCGAGGAUGAGCGACACUCUGCCCGUCGCUCCAUUAGUGUGGCCCUGGUGGAGAGCAACUGCAUGAGUUACAAUGGAGCGGUUGGUCUGUACGUGAAGAGCAGUGAGCCCCUGAAUGUUUUUGCUAACCUUGUAAACAGCAACCGUGGCACUGGAAUUGCUGUGCUGCAGAGCAGUCAGCUGACCCGACUGGUUACAAACUGCAUACUUGAAAAUGUUCGAGGUGGUGUUACGGUGGAGAAAGACUGCCGUGUGGAGCUUCGCGGUAACGGCAUCUAUGAAAACAGUGGCCAUGGCGUCGGUUUCAGUGGCAACGGGCAGAUUGUGGAGAAUGACGUGGUAGGAAACCGGGGAUAUGGGAUCCAAGUCUCGGGCAAUGCUGACAUCAAGGUACUGCGCAACCGUGUCCAACCAGCACAGGGCUGUGGCAUUGCUGUUCUCGGGCCAGUAAAAGGAGUUGUCCAUGACAAUCUCUUGUUCCAGGGCCAUCCUGGAAACAAAAAAACACUGCUGCAUAUGGAUCCUGGCAAUGAUAGCUGUGUGUUGCGCAACAACAGUAUUCUAAGGCAUAAUAACAGCUGUACAUCCGCUCCUCCCUGGGUUUUGGAAAACCCUCCUCCUCGUCCACUGGCCAGCUCCCCCUCUGGCCUGUCGUCAUCCCGGUAUCCCUCCCGACUUGGAAUUUCCAUGACAACCAGGAUCAGCGCCACUGUGGAGAGUGGUUGCCACAGUGGCAGCAUGUUCUGCUCCAUCCUGUGAAUACUGGCAAGCACUUAUAAACCAACAUGAAUGACUUUAUCAACAUGAAUGACUUUACCAAGAGGUCAGCAUUUGAUCACUUCUGAAUUGGUGUGUUAUUAUAAAUUUGGAGCACUCUAGACCUCCUCAGAGAAGACCCUCCAAAGUGAUGCCCUGUUGUUGGCGUGGAGUAACCACCAAGUAGUAAGAGGCUGCACCAUGUAUAACCACUAAAGGGGCCGACCACCUUCUCGAACAUUGGUGGCACAACAUUUUGUAAAUCUGAAAUCAGACUUUUGUAAUUUUAAGAUAGAAUGCCAAUGCUUUCAUCAAAUGUGGACUCAUGAUGUGAAGCAGGAGUGCAAGACGAGCAUUGUUACCAUCCUACAUCUGAAACAACCGUUUCCAUAAUGAAGCUUUAACUUCAAAAAUCACGUUCUCUUAUAAAUGCAGAUUUCAUAUUCAUGUACAGGACUGCUGUAGACUUUGUUGGUUUUUGUCAGUUUGUUUCUGAGACUUACUGGUUAGGAAGUGCACAUUUAUAAGUCCUAGCAGGAGUCAGAGGCAUCAGAGAUGCCAGCUUAAAUCAUGCUACAAAGUAAAGCUGUGCCUUGUAUGACUUUUUAAUCAACCAGUGAUUGUAGCUAGGGGGGGGAGUUGUCAUAGUGUGAGGUGUAUAUGCAAAAAAAUUGAAAAAACAAAGCCAAACUUAAGUUUCUGCCUCUUGCACAGAGCUGUUGUUUCCUGGUGAGUCUGUUUCUGUAUCAUGCCCUCCAUGUUGUUUUUAAUGUUUUGCAUUUCAGCUACAUGAAAUUCAGAGGAAGGAAAAUGUAUCAUUCCAGAUGUAUCAACACGCUGCACAGUAACACUCAACCACAGACUCACCUGGUAACAGCCAGUUAAGGAAGGAAAAAGAUGUUAAGUGUGCAAUAUGUGAUGUCUACAAAGGUGCCUAUACGUUUUAUCUAAG